UUCCUCUCCUCGUUCAAACCCGGUCAAAGGCGAAGACGAGUAAUCCAGCUUCAGUUGGCCCCAACCAAGAGAUAUUGAGAAAAAGAGAGAGGCAGGCUGAGAUGGCGAAUCUGUUCCUGAAGCAGGCGAAGCAGUACGCGGCGACGAGGCCGGCGUACCCGCCGGAGCUCUUCGACUUCAUCGCCUCCAAGACACCCCGGCGCGACCUGGCCUGGGACGUCGGCACCGGCAGCGGCCAGGCCGCAGCAUCGCUGGUCAAGCUGUACAGCGCCGUGGUGGGCACGGACACGAGCGCGCAGCAGCUCUCCUACGCGCCGCGCCUCGCGAACGUCCGCUACGUCCACACCCCGCCGGACCUCCCCCUCGCCGCGCUCCACGCCGCGCUCCACGCCGCCGUCGCGCCGCCGGCCUCCGUCGACCUCGUCACCGUCGCGCAGGCCUUCCACUGGCUCGACCUCCCCCGCUUCUACGCGCAGGCCCGCUCCCUCCUCCGCCCCAAGCACGGCGUGCUCGCCGCCUGGUGCUACACCGAGCCCCGCGUCGACGAGGGCGGUGACGUCGACGCCGCGUUCUGGCGCCUGUACAGGGAUUCGCAACCGUACUGGGCGCCCAACCGUCGGAUGGUCGACGACGAGUACCGUGGCGCGGAGUUCCCCUUCGACCCCGUCGAGGGUGAGAAGCACACGGGCCCGUUCGAGUUCUCCACGGAGCGGCGCAUGGACCUGGACGACUACCUCGCCUACAUCACGUCGUGGUCGGCGUACCAGACGGCCAAAGAGAAGGGCGUUGAGCUGCUUGAUGAGGCGACUGUGCGCGAGUUCGCGGCGGCAUGGGACGGCGACGGGAAGGAGAUGAAGACGGUGAGGUUCCCAAUCUUCCUCAGGAUUGGCAAGGUGAGGUCAGAAUAAGAGACACGCACGAAACAAGUUGACAUAAGGAAUCAAGGAUCCUUGGACGUGAUCACCAUGAUCGUUUGCUCGAAAUUUGUGCCGAGCAGCAUUUCAGAAUAAGAAAUAAUUUUAACUAGACUAGUCAAGUGUACAAUGUGAUGUUUUUUUCGAAAUUGUUAUGAAGUUGGAGUAGAUUUAUUUUUGGGUGUAUUAAUUAAAAAAGAUUGUAACUCCACUGUGUAUUGUGAUUACAGAGUAUAUAUCCUGAUCAAAUGAUGAGUAACAUAAUCAA